GUUCCUGCCUGAAGCACUCUUCCCAUCUACUGUACAUGUCUACAUGAGUCUUGUCAGAACUUAAUGACUCUCUCAUGACCUCAUACAUCUAUUUAUGAAGUAGGCUACAGUACUUCAACACUGACACGUUUCCUGUACAGCCACAGUCUCUCUCCAACACCUCCAACAUGGGCAGCCAAAGAAAAGACAGCUUCCUCUGGGGAAAAGCUUCCACAAUGCUUAGCUCAGUGGAGAGGCAGGAGAUAGACACCAUGACGUUUCACAAGAGUGACCUAUUAGAUGACAUUCAGAAGCUGAGGUUGGAGAUUGACAGCGUCAUGACGGAAAUCCACAACAUUGAGGCAGACGAGGAGAACAAAAAUGUUGUGAGAAACAAGAGGUUCUUAUGUGGGAAAAAGAAAUUCAACAUGGACCCUAAAAAGGGUAUUCUGUACCUGGUUGACAAUGACCUGUUGGAGUGGACAGCAGAGGCAGUGGCUGAGUUCCUGUACAAAGAGGAAGGACUGAACAAGACAGCCAUAGGGAACUUCCUGGGAGAGAGGGAGGAAAUGCACCUUCAAACUCUGAAAGCCUUUGUAGAACUUCAUGAGUUCUCCGACCUGAAUCUGGUGCAGGCACUGAGGCAGUUCCUGUGGAGCUUCCGUCUCCCUGGAGAAGCCCAGAAGAUUGAUAGGAUGAUGGAGGCAUUCGCUACACGCUACUGUGACUGUAAUGCAGGGGUCUUCCAGUCAACAGACACCUGCUACAUCCUGUCCUUUGCCGUCAUCAUGCUGAACACCAGUCUCCAUAACCCCAACGUGAAGGACAAGCCCACUCUGGAGCGCUUCUUCAGUAUGAACAGAGGCAUCAACAACGGGGGUGACCUGCCCAACGACCUGCUCAUGAAACUCUAUGAGAGCAUUCGGAACGAGCCAUUCAAAAUCCCAGAGGAUGAUGGGAACGACCUCACACACACCUUCUUCAACCCGGACAGAGAGGGUUGGCUGCUCAAAAUGGGAGGAAGGGUGAAAACAUGGAAGAGGCGGUGGUUUAUUUUGACAGACAGCUGUCUGUACUACUUUGUGUAUACCACAGAUAAAGACCCCAUAGGGAUCAUUCCCCUUGAGAACCUCUGUGUAAGAGAGAUAGAAGACUCAAUCAAACAGAAUUGUCUAGAGAUCUACAACCCCAGAGGGCAGAAGAUCAAGGCGUGCAAGACAGAGAACGGAGGCAGGGUGGUGGAGGGGAAACACCAGUCCUACAGGAUGAGUGCAGCCACAGCAGAUGAGAGAGAUGACUGGAUAGGCUCCAUCAGAGCAAGUAUCACCAAGGACCCCUUCUACGACCUGGUGUCAUUGCGCAAGAGGAAAGUCAUCAACAACAAUGCUUCACAGGACUGAGACAUCAGACAUGAUAUAAAGCAUCACAGGAAAUGAGUCCGGUAAUGAUCUGUAGAGGUCUGUCUCCGUAACAGCCAGUUUGUUGAAAUGAUGGACUGGUCCAAGUAAAUUGACAUGGAGUUUAAGAUUACAAUGCUGUACAGUACAGCAUUAGUGCAAUACUGUAACUCAGACAUGUUACCCAAAAUGAAAAAAUAGAAUUGUGAUCUGUGUGUGGUUUACAGCUGUCAAACCAGAAACUCCCCAUACCUCAUACUGUAGGUCAAAUUUAAUGGUUCAAAUUAGAGUCGCUCAGUCUGUUAAAUUACUAGUAAUUUAGAAAGUUAUUUCUGUCAUUAUUUCUUAGAAAUAAGAAGUUAGAAGCAUGUGAGAGCGAAUCAGUUGUACUGAAAAGGAGUUGCAAACCAAAAUAAGUGUGUAGCACUGUAAGAAUAAUGCAUAAUUCUAUAAGGACAGAUUUGAACAUAUAAUUUAUAACGCAAAGUUAAUAAAAUGUUUUAUAUAGUUGUUUCUGUACAGUAAGCAUAGAACAAAGGGAACAUCACGUAAACAUUACGGAAAUGCAGCACCUUUUCACCUUGCAUCAGGCUCAGCAAUUUCAGUUCCUAGAAAACCUCUGCACUACUAGCCAUUUCCUCUCACAAGGGUAUAGAAUUAGUGUUACGUGGACACAACUUCAACACUGAUUCAGUGUUGUGACGUUAUUUCAUUGUCUUAAAUGCAUUGUAUUAAUAUUUUUAGAAAUAUGUACAGAUUUAUUUUUCAACUCAUAACAUACGUAUUUUGUAAAUACUGUAUUAUAAUAGAAAGUUAUUUUGCACAUUGCCUUUUAAGCACAGACAGUGAUAAUACAAAUGUCUGUAUACAUGCCUUAAUAAUGUUGAAUGAAUAAUAAAUAAUACAUACAUAUUCUA